AUGGGCGAUGAAAAGGUGACCCUUGUUUGCUUUUUGACAAUCUUGGCGAUGGACUGUAGCCUGGUACGGCUUUUGGUGCUUGCUCUCUCGGUGUCGGUGUGUCACCUUUCCCGGUUUGAAGAACCUGUUCCUAUUGCUCUUGCUCUCUCAGUGAGGCCAAAAAGCCCUCUUGCUUUGAAGGGCUCGGUUUCUUUUUUUGUUCAGGCCACUUGUGUGGGCCUCGGCCCAAAGUAUGUUUCUUCAAUUGUUGCUUACCCUUGA